AUGUCCACAGACUCCCUCGCCAUCUCCCGCCGCCACGCCGGCGACGACCUCGCCGACCUGGCGCAGCAACACAUGCAGCACGACCUCACCGCCGCCGACCGCGACACCCUCAACGCCGCGGCGAAGCGCUUCGGCAUGCACACGGCGCUGGGCUCGCUCGCCGGCGUCGCGCUGGGCGCCGCGCUGUUCAUGCGCACGCGCGCCGCCCGCGCGAAGCUGGUCACAGCGCUCAGUAAGCCCGCCACGCGGCCCGUCGAGGUGCGGUUUCAGGAUGGGAGGGUUGAGCCGUUGCCUGACGUCGGGCAGUUGCUGGAGCGGACGCCGUUGACGGAUGUGGCGGCGAGUCUGCUGUUUAGUAUCGGCGGGCUGUUCAUUGGUGGGGAGUUGGGGACGAUUUCGGGGGCGUGGAGUGCGCGGAGGGCGAUCUCGAGGGAUGCGGAGACGAAGGAGAGGAUUGAGAAUGCGUUUAGGCGGUUUCAGGCGGAUGUGCUGAGGAAGAGGGCGGCGGAGCUGGAGAAGGAGGUGAGUAAGGGGAGUAUUUUGGAGAGUGCGAAGAGCGUUGUGGGGUGGAAGUGA